AGAGAGAGAGAGAGACUCAGCUAGACAGAGAGGGAGAGAGGAAAAGAACGAGACAGAGACAUAAGGAAGAGACUCUGGGAGUCCGAGAGGAAAGGAUUUAGACAGAAACAGAAACAAAGAUUGGGAGAGAAAGUGAUAUGGGUGUGUGAGUGUGUGAGGGAGGGAGGCAGACAUGAGUAAGAGACGGGAAGGGACAGAGAUUAGAGAGGGAGAGAGACAGAAGGUGAGGCCGGAGGAGACAGAGACGGUCUGAAAGGCAGGGAGAUCCAGAGGAAGAGAGACCCAGAGCCUGGGAGAGAGCAGAGCAGGGAGACGGCCUGUGGAGGCAGCACCUGACCGGCAGGGGCCCGGAGCUGCCUCCUCCUCCGACCUGCGAGCCCCUGACCUCGGCGGCUCUGUCCCCAGCCGGGUCAGCUGCAGGGGCAGCGCACACAGCCCCCUUUCUUCCUCGCCCCCGGCCGCCGUCCAUGGAGGAGGGCCGGCCCCGGAGCAGCCUCAGCCUGGCCAGCAGCGCCUCCACCAUCUCCUCGCUCAGCAGCCUGGGCGCCAAGAAGCCCCCCCGGGCGGUGAGCAAGGUGCACGCCUUCGGGAAGAGAGGCAAUGCGCUCAGAAGGGACCCCAACCUCCCGGUGCACAUCAGAGGCUGGCUGCAUAAGCAGGACAGCUCCGGGCUCCGGCUCUGGAAGCGCCGCUGGUUCGUCCUCUCUGGCCACUGCCUCUUCUACUACAAGGACAGCCGCGAGGAGAGCGUCCUGGGCAGCGUUCUGCUCCCCAGCUACAGUGUCCGGCCAGACGGGCCGGGAGCCCCCCGCGGGCGGCGCUUCACCUUCACCGCCGAGCACCCGGGCAUGCGGACCUACGUGCUGGCGGCGGACACGCUGGAGGACCUGCGGGGCUGGGUGCGUGCGCUGGGCAGGGCGUCCCGCGCGGAGGGAGAUGAUGGUGGGCGGCCCAGGUCCCCCGCACGUCCCCAGCCUGGGGAGGGCCCCGGCGGCCCCGGUGGUCCUCCGGAGGUGAACCAGGGGGACGAGGGGCCCAGCUCAGAAUCGCCGCAAGUGGCUCGGCUGUCCAGAGAGCGUGGCCGCCCCGGGCCGCUCACUCCCGCUUCCACAGCCGACCGCCAGUCUGGACCCGGGAUUCGGAGGACCAGGAGCCCCGACCUGUUCCCGCCCCUCUCGCGCCCGCCCUCCCCGCUGAGCCUCCCGCGGCCCCGCUCUGCGCCCGCACGCAGGCUCCCGCCCUCCUCCUCCUCCUCCGGGGACCCCGCGCUCCCCGCCAGGCCCCACACCCCGCUGAGCCGCAUCGACGUGCGCCCCCCCUCGGAAUGGGGCCCCCAGCGCCAGGCCCUGUCCCGGCCCCCCACUCCCCGCCGAGCGCCCUCCUCCGAGGCCGGGGGAGGGAGGCCGCCCAGGAGCCCCGAGCACUGGACCCCGGAGGCCAGGACCCAGACCCCUUCUGGCUCCUCCACUUACAUCCAGCUUCCUCCAAGAUCUCCUGGGACGCGGGCUUCCCUGGUUUUACUGCCGGGCCCUCCCCUGGACUCCUCCUUCCCCCAGAGCUUGGAGACAGAUACUCUGUUGACCAAGCUGUGUGGCCAGGACCGGCUGCUGAAGAGGCUGCAGGAGGAGAUAGACCAGAGGCAGGAAGAGAAGGAGCAGCUGGAAGCAGCCCUGGAGUUGACCAGGCAGCAGCUGGGCCAGGCAGCCAGGGAAGCUGCGGCUCCUCCGAGGGCCUGGGGGCGCCAGCGCCUCCUGCAGGACCGGCUGGUCAGUGUGAGGGCCACUCUUUGUCACUUGACUCAGGAGCGUGAGCGGGUUUGGGACGCGUACAGCGGCCUGGAGCAGGAGCUGGGCACCGUGAGAGAGACCCUGGAGUGCCUGCUGCACCUCGGGUCCCCGCAGGACAGAGCGUCUGCUCAGCAGCAGCUGUGGAUGAUGGAAGACACCCUGGCAGGUCUGGGGGGCCCCCAGAAACCGCCCCAAAGCACGGAGCCUGACUCCCCAUCUCCUGCUCUCCAAGGCGAGGAGUCUUCAGAGAGAGAGAGUCUGCCUGAAUCCUUGGAACUGAGCUCACCCCGGUCCUCAGAGGCCGACUGGGGGCGGCCGCCCGGGGGGGACCGAGGCCCUGCCAGCGCUGGCUCAGGUGUGGGGUCUCCCAGGACCUCCCAGGCUUCCAGCCCCGAGGGUCGCUGCCCUCCCUCCCCGCAGCCAGGCACCAAGCGCCCCCAGCCCCAGGCCCGGCCCCGCAUGAGCGCCCAGGAGCAGCUGGAGCGGAUCCGCAGGAACCAGGAGAGCGGCCGGCCUCUCCCGCGCCCGGCGUCCCCGCGGCUCCUCACCCUGGGCCGGGCCCUGGCCCCGGCCCGCGGCCGGCCGGACCCGGAGCAAAGGCCCGGCCUGGGACACCCAGGAGCCCUGAAAUGUUUCCGGAGCUCCGGGUCCUGGAGCAGUUCGAGGAACACCACCCCUUACAUUCCCAUGUCCGAAGGCCAUCGGGAGCGAGUCCUCAGCCUCUCCCAAGCUCUGGCCUCUGAGGCCGCGCAGUGGCACCGAAUGAUGACAGGCGGGAGUUUGGACUCGGGAGGAGAACCUCCACCCCCGGUGCCGCCGCCGCCGUCCAACCCCAAGCCCGCGAUGGCCGGUUCCCGCUCCCCCAGGCUCUCCCGCGGGGGCAGCGGGCGCGGCGCCGGCCCCGCCUCCUGGGCGGGGCCCACGUGGGACCCGGGCGCGGCGCCGCCCGCCCUGGCCCCGGACGAGGGGGCGUGGCCUCUGCGCGUCACUCUGCUGCAGUCCAGCUUCUGAACCCAGGACGGCAGCCAAUAGGAGCAAGAGGAGGGCGUGGCCUGGAGCGGCCCAGGGCUCCCGGGCGUGGUCUGGUCCUCCCGGGGGCCUGCAGGGAGGGUUCUGGGGGUUUUCCCGGCACUGGUCCGAAUCGGGAUUAAAACGUUUGGAACUGUUGGUUGAUAG